AUGGAUAGCCCAUCAGAUUCGCCGCCAUUUGACGGCUCCCCUCUACCGCCUCAACUUGGGCUUCCCAUGAUUGUAGUAAUGGGAGUAACUGGGUCGGGAAAGAGUUAUUUCAUCAACAAGCUCGCAGGUCUUCCUGCGGUCGCAGAAGGGGCUCAAUUGGACUCAUGCACACAGCGAUGUGAAGUAGUACCCGUGUCAAUUGGAAGCACUCAAACUCUUCUCAUCGAUACACCUGGUUUUGAUGAUACCGACCGUACUGACUCAGAUAUCCUGACUGAGAUCGCAAGACUCCUUGCUAGCCAGUAUACUCUCGGUUUUCAGUUGAAGGGGAUCAUCUAUGUCCACCGCAUUACGGAUAAUCGUUAUACAGGUUCAGCCGUUAAAACGUUUGAAAUUUUCAGACGAAUCUGCGGAGACGAGGCGAUGAAAAAUGUAGUUCUUAUUACCAGUCGCUGGAACGAGAUUGACGAGCCGACUGGGGCGAGCCGGGAGCGCCAACUUCGCGAGAAAUUCUGGGCUUACAUGCUUGGUCGAGGCUCGUGUAUGAAUCGCUUUCAUGGCGACCGCGAUUCAGCUCGGACUAUUGCUGCUCAGCUACUUAUCAAAGAGACAGUUAUCUUGAAACUACAGGAAGAGAUGGUCAAUGGUGGUAUGCAACUAAAUGAAACAACUGCUGGCUCAUAUGUCAGUGACGGCCUCGAAGAGCUGAAAGCAAAAUACGAGAGAGAAUUGCAAGCCCUCGAGGAUCUUCGGAGAGAGCUUCAGGAGAGCGAUAGAAUGAUGAAGCGCCAAGUGCAAUUGGACAUACAGCGUGAAAGAGACCGUCUCAAAAGCGCUGAACAGCAACAGGUUAGUCUUGAACGGGACAUCGCGGGAGAAGUCCAAGAGGAAAUUCAGAAGGAGACUAAAAGGCAAAGAUUCGUUAAAGGGCUCAGUAAAGCCCUUCCGUUCGCCCCAAUGGCUAUCAACAUACUGCUUCUUUUCGUCGGCGUGCCCCCGGGCGUGGGUGAUCUAUUUACUUCUUGGCUCGGAGCACUGCUCGCUGGAGACUCAUCUAGCUAG